UUCCAAAGUCCGCUGGCAGGUUCAGUUGUCUUCGAAUCCCCGAACUGUUCGGACGUAGUUUGGUUUUUUCGGCCGAGUGGUUUUUUCUAUUUUUUCGUUUUUUAAACUGUUGCACAUUUUAUAGAUAUUCUCUCUUUUUCUCGUUUUCUUUUGCUCUUUCUUGUUAUUUUGCGUAUGCGCGUGCACGCGUUACGUUUUCGCAAAUUUCUUAGGGUACAAGACACGCGAAAUUUAGAUAUUCACGAAAUUAAUUUUGAAUUUAUUGCGCGUUAUUGGUGUUUGAGGUAUUCGCGUGCGUGAAACAAGAGAAAAUCGUACUUUCUCUGUCUUCUGAAAGAAAAGCGAUACAAACUAUAAAAAUUUUGAGACCGAAAAAAACUGAGAUUUGAAACGUCAUUGACAAGGUUUUUUUGUCGAGCCCUCGAACAAAGCUUUUCUUUCUCCUGUUAGAUCUUUUUGCGAGAACGGCUUACUUGGUUUUAUUACGACGAAGAUCGACGAGAAAGAGACGAAGAAUCGAAAUAGGCAAAUUCUUGCAGAGAGAAAAGGAAUUACACCUUUUAAAACGUAGCUGAAACGUAAAAUGGUGGCUUCGCAGAACGAUGGCGGUAGAAGUGUGGGCGGUGGUGGAAGCGAUACCGUUUACACAGUGACGGUAAGCGGUGUAGGUUAUAGGAACGAAGGUUACAAAGAUGAUGGUACCGAUUGUAUUCCACCGGAGCCUCAAAAACCACCACAGCUACCUCAAACGGAAGAUGAUACUCAAUCGAGGAAAUUCAAACUUUCCCGUGGCGAGAAGUGGCGGAUUUUGAAGAAUAUUGGGACCGUUUCGAUAGCGUUCAUGGUGCAGUUCACGGCAUUCCAAGGCACAGCGAACCUUCAGUCGUCAAUAAAUGCAAGCGACGGCCUCGGUACCGUCUCUCUUUCGGCAAUUUACGCGGCCCUUGUGCUCUCUUGUAUUUUCGUACCGACUUUUCUCAUCAAAAGGUUAACCGUUAAAUGGACGCUUUGUCUUUCGAUGCUUUGUUACGCACCUUACAUCGGUUCUCAGUUUUAUCCAAGAUUUUACACCCUUGUGCCGGCUGGCGUUUUGCUCGGUCUUGGUGCCGCACCUAUGUGGGCAGCAAAGGCUACCUAUCUCACGCAGGUCGGUGGUGUUUACGCAAAACUCACGGACCAACCGGUCGACGCGAUUGUCGUCAGGUUCUUUGGCUUUUUCUUUCUUGCUUGGCAAACCGCAGAACUCUGGGGAAAUCUUAUAUCUUCGCUGGUCUUGAGUGAGGGAGAAUUCGGUAGCAGCAGUGGCAAUAGUACGACUAGCUGGAACAAGAUAAAGCUCUGUGGUGCCGAAUUUUGCGUUCUUGGUAAUGGAGCGCACGAAAACUUAGAGAGACCCCCGGAAUCGGAGAUUUACGAAAUCUCCUCGAUCUAUUUGACAUGCGUCAUCGUCGCGGUGAUCAUCGUCGCUCUUUUCGUCGAUCCUCUAUCAAGGUACGGCGAGAAACAACGGCGUGCUGAUAGUCAGGAGCUCAAUGGUAUUCAGUUGCUCUCCGCGACUGCUUAUCAAUUAAAGAAACCUUAUCAACAGUUACUAAUACCCAUCACGGUAUGGAUCGGCAUGGAGCAGGCCUUCAUCGGCGCCGAUUUUACUCAGGCAUACAUCUCUUGUGCUCUAGGCGUUCACAAAGUAGGAUACGUGAUGAUUUGCUUUGGAGUGGUAAAUGCAGGAUGCUCCUUGCUCUUUGGCUCUCUUAUGAAAUUCGUAGGCAGGCAACCGUUAAUGGCACUUGGUGCCAUAGUUCACGCCUGUCUAAUAGUUGUGCUGCUUCUUUGGAAACCACACCCAGAUAAUCCAUAUGUCUUUUAUUCAGUCUCCGGCCUUUGGGGAGUUGGUGACGCUGUCUGGCAGACACAGGUCAAUGGUCUCUAUGGUACUCUCUUCAGGCGCAACAAGGAAGCUGCGUUUUCGAAUUACAGACUAUGGGAGAGUGCAGGAUUCGUGAUUGCAUACGCGUACAGUACACAUCUAUGCGCCCGCAUGAAGCUUUAUGUUCUAUUGACCGUCUUGAUGAUUGGCACGAUGGGCUACAUAAUCGUCGAACUUCUUCACAGACGUAAACAGAGGAGAUUGAAGGCUAUCGCUGAGGACCCGAAAGCCGCGCAAGCAGAGGCCAAUCAGCCAGAAGAGACAGAUGAUGAAAAGGACGAUCUCGACGACGACAUCAUCAUUACGCAUCUUUGAACCGACACAUCGACUCGCCAAGUUUAGAUGACGCGAGAAAAAAGGCAUUUUUCUGUCUUUUGUCGCGUUCUCACCGAGACCGAGGACAAUAGAACAUUUAGAAACAUUUGUGGACGAUGUUGAGUGAUGUUGGGCGACCCACUUUUCUCCUUCCUUCCUUUCUUCUUUCCUUCCUUCCUUCCUUUCUUCUUUCCUUCCUUCCUUCCUUCCUUCCUUCCUUCCUUCCUUCCUUCCUUCCUUCCUUCCUUCCUUCCUUCCUUCCUUCCUUCCUUCCUUCCUUCCUUCCUUCCUUCCUUCCUCUUUUACUUUUCAUUUUAGAUCUAAUUCAAUUUUCUUUAUUCUUCUAUUAACUCGAAUAUUAAUCCUUUCUCCUUAUCUUAUCGAUGAAAUUAUAUGUAAUAGAGUGAAAAACUACGUGCAUGCAAAAUGACGUGAGAUGGUCUUUCGCGAUGAAACGAAAGCACCACUUUUCGCGAUUCCUCUUGUCGCAAAAAAGAGUUCGGGAAAGGAACGUUACCGUUUAUUUGUCGCCUAUUUGCUGUUCAUUCGCCAUCCAUUUGUCGUCCAUUGGAGACAUUUUUCCUUCCCAUCAAAUCACCUCGUUUUAAUCAAUAAAGCAAAGACCCAUUUUAUUUCUUGAACAAAUAUCAACAACGUAAUCGACUUAUCAACGGAAUUCUAUUUUGCUUUUUCGAUGAUAGGCGGAAAGAAAGCAAAGAGAAUCUAUCGAAUUCCAAGACGUCCUCGUCGCGACAAAAAAAGAAAAAAACACAUUCUUUUCGAGAUCUUGAUCAAAUGGAAAGAAUAAUCGACGUACGUCCCUACCUAUUUAGACAGAUAGAUACAUUCGAUCAAGAUUCUUCUUUGGUGAAGAUGACUUCUACAAAGAAACCCUUUACGCUCGACUGCUUUUUCCCGCUAGAACGAGAUACCAGUAGAGGAAACUCACGACAAUCCUGUCUUCUGGCGACGGUGCUUCCCUACAUAAGCUACCAUUGUAUCUAUUUAUAGGUAUCGCUAACUACUUAUCCGUCCAAUGUGCGGAGAACCGACUCUGGUCUCCGAACGAAUGCCUUCUUCGUCCUUCUCUUUCUCCCUCUUCCUCGCUCUUCUUUCACCGGCUGAUGGAUACUCAGGCUCGCCCAAACCCGUUCCAUCGUGUAUAAGAGAGAAAGAAAGAGAGAAUAUACAAUUUUCUUACCGACGAUCGUCAGAGUUUAAAUUCCGCGAGCUCCAAGCAAAGGGGGAGAUUCCUCUCUUCAGUGCAUCCUUCUAAAGGGAUUUUAGCUCUUUUUUUAAACGUCUGGCGCGAGACAAGGAUUAUUUUUAGAGUCCGGUUGUGUACCGACGGCACGAAUCACGCUAUCGUUCGUUAUUCAACGAAGGAAGGCAAUCGUUUAUCUUCGUCCGAUUGCCAUAGUUUCUCGUCUUGGAGGUCAGGAACCUUUCUGGGCAUAUUCCAAGGUAGGAAAGGUUUCAAAGUACAACCUCUCAUUUCUCUCGUUAGCAUGCUUCUCGCCAUUCUUCGUCGCUAUCCAUCUUCACAAAAACAUUAAUCACGAAUCUUUCCUUCAACCAACUUCUUCCGAAUCAAAGUCUGAAACUUUACAUGAAUCUCACGGAUUUAAUGCGAUUUAUUGUUCUUUCGGAUCUCUCUAUCUUACUAUUAUUACUUGCAUAUUAUAUAGUAGAUAUACAUCAUUAAAGUUGCGUGAUAUUGAUAAAAGAAAGACAAAGAGAAAACAUCUUUUCGACAUAAGAGUAAGUGUCGUGAUCGACCUUGCGAUUUCUCGGAAAAAGAAUCGAACAGUUCCUUCAUGCUCUUUCAAAUUCCACUUGCGCUUCCUAGCGAAAGAUCAAAAAAAAAAAUGACAAUAAAGUAUUCUUUCCUUCAUGGAAGAUAAUAAAUUACUAUUUCGAAAGUAAAAUAAAAAGAAAACAAAAAUAAUUAUCUGGGGCAAUACAAAUUCAAUUCAAAGUAUUAUGUGUUUCUCAUCUUCAAACUGAGAUAUCGAAUCGCUUAAAAGUUGCUAUGCGCGAUAACAGACAAUGGAAAUAUGGUUAUUACUGGUAGAAUAUAACAUUGAAAGUCCUACUAAAAAUACGCACAUUACCAUUCUCUUCUUCUUCUAUCUAGUUUCAUCUAUGCUUUAUCUUUUUUCUAUUCUCUUUAUAUAUACAUUUGAUAAAAAACUACACCACAAAAACUGUAGUUCUUAAGAAGCGCAAGUUUGUUUAAUAAAAAUAAAAUGUGUAGAUAAAUAUAAUAUUAUUAAGCAUAAUAAUUGUAAGAGUGUUCUAAUGACAAAUGUAAGACGAAGUUAAUACGAUAGCGGAUAAAUAAGCCUUUGUUACUUGCCGGCGAUUAAUGGUCGAUUCGCGAUCAUGUAUCGUAUAAAAAAUAAUGUAGCUCAUUUAUGUGAAAAAAUGAAAACUGGAUCUGCAACAAAAAAACCUCGUUUCUUUGUGUUUUAUAAGAGUCUCUAUAAUAUUUUGUAUAAGUUGAAAACAAAUGUAUGAUUUAAUAAACCAUUUAUCGAUAAA